GUAUUUAUUUAUGAAAUCAGUGUAGAAUUCAACAAUUUUGAUGAUUUCGAAUAGGCACCAAAUUUAAAAAAUUGCAAGACCGGUCCUCUAUUCAGACAGAUUCAGAAAUUAACGCGUUUGAUAUGUGCUAGUGCUAGGCUAGCUAGGUUACUGCUCUUUCCUCAAUCAAUCUCAAUCUUCAUUCUUCAGUCUUAAGCCACCACCCUCCUCCGCCACCCAUGGCCGCCUGAGAUCCACCACCACUACGCUAAUCUCGCCGAUCAACGCCUCCUUCCGAUCAGGUUAAUUGAAAGGGGGUUCGAGUUAAAGAGGCAUAGUUGUUUGUUUAUUCAUCUAUGUUCGGAGGUGCUGCGGUUCCUGCUAAUAGUCCGCAUUUACGCAAAUCUGGGAGCAGAACUGUUGUCUAUGAUCAUGAUGAAUAUGAGGUGGAAAAUGGCGUCGAGGAAGGUCUGUUGUAUCCCUUAGAGGCUAAUGAUUCAAGGGGUGGCACGACACCAAUGAGUGCUUCUGCAAUAAUGCCGUCGCCUGUUUUGUUGUGGAGAUUGAAGGUACUAUUUUUCCUUAUUUGGGGCUUCAUAUGUUGCAAGAUUGGAUGGGAUUCUGUCAUGAGAAUGAGUGCAGACAAACGGGAAUUAUUUCUAUAUGAAGCAUUUUUGUAUUUUAAUCCUCUUCUUCUUUCGGCUUUGAUGGUUUGGCUUUGGGGAAUCAACUUAUGGGUUUUUGCCCAGGGAGGAGUCAAUUAUGCAAAAAUAUUUGAUCUUGAUCUAAAUCAUCUGUCUCACCGGGAAAUAUGGAAGUGUGCCACAUGGAUGACAAUUAUUGUUCCAACCAGUAUGACAGCAUAUAUUUAUCUUUAUUCUCGUGGAGAAGUCUCAUAUGCUGCAUCACAACCAGUGCUCUUGUAUGCUGCUAUUGUAGUAGUUUUGAUAUUCCCUUUCGAUAUCUUUUAUUUUUCAUCUAGAUAUUACUUCUUAAGGACACUCUGGCGAAUUCUUUUCCCAUUACAGGCAAUAUCAUUCUCUGAUUUUUUCUUGGCUGAUAUUUUGACUUCCAUGGUAAAGGUCUUUUCUGAUUUGGAGCGUUCAGUAUGUAGAAUGGUCCACCGACAGGUUGCCACAAUUGCUUGGUUGGAAGCUGAUUCUGUUUGCGGCAGUCACUCUGUUGCAAUCCCUUUGGUUCUUGUUUUGCCCUACCUUUUCCGCCUUAAUCAAUGUCUCCGACAGUAUAAAGAUACUGGCGAGAAAAGUUGUCUUCUGAAUGCUUUAAAAUAUUCAACAGCAGUGCCAGUGAUUUUUCUUUCUGCCCUUAAAUAUCACGUCUUCCCUGAUAAGUGGACAAACUUCUAUAGGCCUCUCUGGCUUCUGUCAAGUGUUGUGAACUCAUCAUACUCUUUCUACUGGGAUGUGACUCGAGAUUGGGACCUUGGUGGCUUCACUCGAAUAUUCAAGUUCAGCAAGCCGCAUGUGUUCUCACAUAUGUUACACGGGAGGAGAUGGGUUUACUUUUGGGUGAUUGGAAGCAAUCUGAUUUUGCGGUGCACAUGGACAUACAAGCUAUCUGCCCAUCUUCGCCAUAACUACCUCACAGUGUUCACUAUUGCUGCUUUGGAGAUUUUCCGCCGCUUCCAGUGGAUCUUUUUCCGUGUAGAAAAUGAGUGGAUCAAGAUGAAUUCCAAAUCACACAUUCAGCUCUCUCCCGGUGACGUUUCAAGUGACGAAGAGAAGUUACUUCAUUCCAUUAACUAAAUGUAUAGGCUAGAGACAGUAUGAUGCUUUGGCACUUGGCAGUAUCAUACAAGGUAUAUUUCAAAAAUUUUGACAAAGGGGAGCUCCAUUCCAUUUUGUCAUUCCAUUGGCUUCCCCUGAUCCCCUCGCAUAUAAAAAUGUCAUUCUUUAUUAACAAAAGAGUUGUUUAUUCCAUUAUUACAGUGCUCUUCAGUGCUAUCUUCUAUUCUGUAACAAUUUUAUUUUGUAUCCUUAGCAAGCCUUCGUGCUCAUAACAUUGUUUCUGAAUCAACCAGUUGUACCUACAGUAUCCCAGUGUUCAUGAGGAAAAAAAUUCUGAUAUUAAACGGCAACAUGCCUUAUAUAUAGUAGUAUUUCUAGUUUCUCUUGAUUGAA